UUGUAGAACACCAAACAAACAAUAAUGAAAACAUCGUCUCAAGAACAGCAUGUAUGCGGUUCGACACUGGUACAAACUAUCAAUGCUCCAUUACCUCUAGUAUGGUCAGUCCUACGUCGUUUUGAUAACCCGAAAACAUAUAAAAUAUUCGUGAAAACGUGCGCAUUACGUUCCGGCGAUGGAGGAGAAGGCUCUGUCCGUGAAGUCACGCUGGUUUCCGAUCUACCGGCAAGUUUCAGCCUAGAAAGGCUAGAUGAACUUGACGAUGAGUCUCAUGUGAUGGUGAUAAGCAUUAUUGGUGGUGAUCAUCGUUUGGUUAAUUAUCAGUCGAAAACGAUGGCGUUUGUGGCGAAGGAGGAGGAAGACAAGACGGUGGUGGUGGAGAGUUAUGUGGUGGAUGUGCCGGAUGGAAACACUGAGGAGGAAACGACGUUGUUUGCUGAUACUAUCGUUCGGUGUAACCUUAGGUCAUUGGCUAAAUUAUCGGAGAAGAUGAUGGCUCACUUUUAGAGUUUGAACUUUAAAGAAUUCAAAACUCUUAUUUCAUGAAGUUUUACAUAGCAAUUAGCCUUACUAGACGGGGAAUAAUGUAG